CUGACAACCAAGAACAUGGCCGAGGGUCUCCCCGGCGCAAGAAGAGAUUUUGGAGCGAGUGAACAUACUGGUUAUACUGUGUUGUUGUAUCCUCUGACUGCUACAAAGUUCGAGCCAGAAAGCAUGGACACACUAAUAGUGAAUGCUGUGUCAGAGAGUAUCGUUGGUGCGGUUGGUGCUUCGUAGCACGUUAUAUAUACUAAUAUCAAAGAUGUUAUAGCUAAUUACUAUGAGUAGUUAAAAGAUCUUUGAGGUGGACAUAGUGCAAAACAUCGGCAAUAGUGGGCGCAGAGAGUAUAGGACCAGGACCAGACGUGAACUCACGCAACUCACGGGGACUGUCAAUUGAAGGUUCGCCAUUUCUUGAAUUUGUUUACAGGAUCUUCUGAAUUAAAUUACUGUUUCAAUAUGGGUUGCGAUGGUGGCACAAUUCCUAGGCGUGACGAGUUGGUAAGAACGAAGAAGAAGCCUGAACAGAAAGACAAAGACUCAGAAUUGUCAUUUAGAUGGCAGCAUUGUGCAAUAAGUCAGCAACCGUUGCAACAGCCUAUCGUUGCUUGUGGGCUGGGAAGAUUAUACAACAAAGAUACAGUCAUUGAAGGUCUUUUGGAUAGAAGCUCUUUACCUGAAGUAGCUCAACACAUAAAGAAUUUGAAGGAUGUAAAGGAAUUGAAACUGACUCCUAAUCCAGCAUUCAAAAACUCUGCAGAGAAGGGUGAUGCCUACAUUGAUCGACAAUGUUCUCCAUACAUCUGCCCAGUUAUAGGUUUGGAAAUGAAUGGAAAAUUUAAAUUUGUAUUUUCGUGGUCUUGUGGCUGUGUUGUGUCAGAAAGAGCACUGAAGGAAAUACAAACAAAAGUCUGUCAUAAGUGUCAACAACCAUUUUUGGAAGAAGACAUUGUGAUACUGAAUGCCACAGAUGAUGAUCAGGAUCUCAUGGUGACCAGACUGGAUAGUAGACAGGCUCGUUUAAAGGCAGAGAAGAAAGCAAAAAGUGAAGCAAAAGCAAAGGCUAAAGCCAGCACAUUAACUACAACUGGUCCUGAUCCAACUCCUAGCACAAGUGGUAGUACUGUUGAAAUAGACAAAAAGCCAGUAGAAUUGAAGAAUAAUGGUGUCCAGAAAAUUGAUAUGCAAAAGGCUGAUAAAAAGUCAGACACAAGCAAAAUCAGUGUGAAAGGUCCUAAGAGAUUGGGUUCAGAAGCAGAUUUGGUAGACCCUGAAUUUAAGAAGACAAAAGGCUCCUACAGCAUUGCAAAGGAUCCAAAUGCUUCUAAAGUUUAUAAGUCUCUGUUCACUUCCCAUUCUAGAGCAAGCCAACAAACGAAGGCCCAUUGGGUUACAUACAAUCCAUUCUACAAUUAAAUAACUUCUUUGUAUUAUGUUUAAGGAAUAAAUGUAUGUAAUGCUUCAUUUGUAUUUUGUCAUUAUCCAAUUACAAUUGCAGUAAGCAAUUAAAUAAGAAACAGCCAAAAAAUAAAGAAAAAUAAAAGGACAAGUAACAGUACAAAAUGCUUAAUUUACAACCAUGUUAGCUCUUCUGCUUCUCUUUCUUGCUGGCUUCCGCUUCAGCUUCCUUCUUUUCAUAAUCAGCAAUGAGUUGUUCAACUUCCUUUGCUGUUAAUAUUCUUAUUUUUGUUUUGUUGUUUUCUCGGGUUAGAGUUGCCAUCUCCACUACAAAAGAAACGUCAAAAUAUGAGAGUGCACAGAAACUGAAGUGACUUCUCACAAUUACUAUAGACUUUGAAAAUAUUCUCCAAAUAUGAAACGCUCAAUUGAAACUGUCCAAUAACUGAUUAUAUUAAAAAAUGCUUAAUGUGUAUCGUUUAUUGUUCACAUGGAUAAGAGAUCUUAUUGAUUUGCAUAUUUCCUAGUAAAAAACCCUUUUAAUGAAUGAUACUAAGUUUUCCAGAUUUGGUUUAAUAUACAGGAGGGGGGGGUGUGUGAAAACUAGUGUGAAUAUGUCAAAUGUACAUGCAGCUUAAGGCUGGUCAUUUUUGCAAAAAUGCUAUUACACCCAUUCCAGGUUCAGAGCACAAAUGAGUCAUUUAUUAAUUUCUGUUUGUAUAAAAUAUUUUUCCAAAAGAUGCUGAAGAAUUCCAGACAGAGGGACCUGAAGGUUUAUUUAAGACUGUACAACGAAAUUCCUCAUCCAUUUGAUCGUAAAGUUUAGAAGUAGAUAUCUAGUUUACUUUUGAAAAUGAUGAAUGAUAUUUCUCACCCCGGAAUAUAAUUUCCCUUAGACAUGAAGUAUACCGUACUACAUAAACAUCACAUUAAGAAUGUGAAUAGAAACUGAUUUUUUGAGAAUCAACUGAUGUCAAAAAAGAAUAAAACUUGUUUGAUGUUCAACUUUAUAUGGAUCAUUUCACACAACUUUAGACUUAACAGCUACGUAACUUGAAUUAUUAGCAAGCAAGAUAGAUUUUAUGUAAUUGUUAUAGGGUGAUAUGCAUUAUAAUAAGCACCUCUUUUAUGUAUUAAUUUGUUUUCUUGUAACCUCUUUCCUGCUCAUUUGUAACACGCUCACAAACAACCGUUGAUUACAUUACAGGGUUUUGACUAUGGAUUAGCCUAUGGUAUUAAUGGAAUGUACCUGGGUUGGAAAUUUAAAAUAGUUAUAAAAAUAAUCAUUGGAAUAAAAAAAUAUUCUCUCUUUAAACGUUACCUUUCUCUGCCGUCAAUUUUGUCAUGUCCAAUGUUUUAGCUAAUACUUUGAUGGCAAGGGACUUUGCUUCUGCUAAUGUAGUUUCACCUUCUUUGUAUUCUUGUUUGAGACUGGAUACUGCAGC